GAAAGUGCACGACAUUUCCUCUGCAUCAGGAAAGUUUAAGUCAGUUUGGUGUUUGGAUGUGACAGAGAUAGAGGAAGGAGGAGAGAGCUUGCUGGAGCAUCAGAUCCAGGCGUGAGGUCGAUGGCAAGGUUCAACACUACAGUGUAAACUGUGAAAAGAGGACAGGGAGGAGGAAGACAAUCAGACCUGUAUAUGAUUUAUCAGAAAUGCAGGAUGUAUGUAUACAGAGAGGUUCUUGACUGUUACAUACGAUGACUGCAUGAGAGUCAGGUGGUCCUGUGGGAAGGGACCCUUUCUGGACACACACCCCUUCUUAAAUUAAACACAAACAUACACUCACAUGCAUGUGUGCAUUCUCACAGAGGACGGAUGCAGCUCUACGAAUUCUGAGGACGAAAAGAUGGAUCCUGUUCAGAAGGCAGUGAUCAACCACACCUUCGGGGUUCCACUGGUCAAGACCAAGCGACCCAUCAUAUCCUGUAAUGUCUGCCAGAUUCGAUUCAAUUCAGAGAGCCAGGCAGAGGCACAUUACAAAGGAAACCGUCACGCCAGAAGAGUUAAAGGCAUUGAGACCUCCAAGACUCGUCCACAGGACAGUGACAAGCCUCCUCCUGGACCUACAUCCUCCCCGUCUCCCCUGGGCGCCACAAACUCUGACAGUGACUCCACCAAAGCAGAAGAGACACAGCCUGUACCACCACAGUCAGCCCAGGAACCCAUGAUCGUGUCAGCUCCCCCUACUCCAGACUCCCCUGGUCCAUCCUCUGGUGCUCCCAUACCAAGCCCAUCAACCACUGUUCCCCAACCUGCUAGCAGCUCCUCGCCUGGCUGUGUCUCUGUAAACCCGGAGCCGUCUGGAGCCCCUGGCACGACCACGCCUAGCCCGGGCAACGGCGAGACUGAGGACGACAAAGCCAAAAAAUUGCUGUACUGCUCACUGUGCAAAGUGGCUGUUAACUCUCUCUCGCAGCUGGAGGCUCACAACAAAGGUACCAAACACAAAACCAUUCUGGAAGCCCGAAGCGGCCUGGGUCCCAUCAAGGCGUAUCCUCGUCUGGGUCCCAAGCCCAGUGGAGAAACCGGACCUACAGACCCCAACACUCAGGAACGCACCUUCCACUGUGAGAUCUGCAAUGUGCGGGUCAAUUCAGAACUGCAGCUCAAACAGCACAUAUCAAGUCGAAGACACCGGGAUGGAGUAGCAGGAAAGCCCAACCCACUUCUAGCCCGAAAAAAGCUCAGGGGUGCAGAACUCACAGAUCUCACUAAAGCAUUGGGUGCCGGCCUCCUCCCGAAUCCUCUGGCUAUGGCUGCAGCAAUGGCGGUGGUAGCUUCGUCCAAUUCACUCGCUCUCCGCAAUGCAGCUCCCGCCCCUCACCCUCAUCACCAUCUCUUACAGGCCACGCCUCUCAGCCACGCAAUUUUGAGACCGGCCCCGGGGCCAAUCCGCACCUCACACGGGCCGAUCCUGUUCUCGCCCUAUUGACACCCAGUCGUGAACUACAGUCAGCCGGAAGCAGCACCUCCAAAAGCACACUGUGAAGUAAUCAAGGGGAAAAGGAAAGGCAACCACAGCAAAGGCUUUACUCAUACACUGACUGCUCAGAUCACAAGCUGGUAAAGGGAGAGCAAAUGAAGAUGACCUGACAGGAGUCCAAUUUACUCUUGUGUCCUACCUAUUGACCUUUUAUUGGAGCAACGGACUGAUUAGUGAGGAAUAUAAAUAAAACAAUGAUGAAAUGGAGAGCCGUAUUUACUCCACUUCUGCUUUCAUCUCCUUUUCUCACAAACAUUGUCAGACAGAAAUAGAUGUAUGAAACCGAAUGCUGUAACUACAGACAAGUGUAACUUGGAUGCAAAUAUGUAACAUACACAAACACGCACAGUAAAAGACUACUGCUGACUGGUUCCAUAUGUAGGCAGCCACAUCAUCUGCAGACGUUUAGUGUCCUCAACCCUAUGCACCUUUAAAAAAACCUACAAAACCCAAUUCUGUUAGUCGAAUAGCUGCUUCAGUGAUCUCUUCUUUGGUCAUGUUUAAAAGCUGAUAAUAUUUUUCCAGAAGAGAAACGUUGCUCUGCAUAAUGCACCCACAUUAGUCCUGCACAGGAACUACAUUCUGAGACAGGACACUGGGGGCAACACUGUUUGUGGCCAGUAAAAAUUGGCAUUUCGUUUAAUGCUAGUGUAUACCCACAUCACAAAGUCCUCCGACAGUGGUGAAUACAUUUAGCUCUGCAGAAAUGAAAGAAAUAAGCUGAUCUGCUGGUUGGCUAAAAUCAAAUUUGCAGAUCCAACCUCCCAAAGGAAGACCAGCCUACAUUGUUUAUUGUAGCAUAGUGUAGCGUAGUCCAGAACUUCCAACCUGGUUAAUAUUGACAGUAACGUUUAUAAGAUAAAUAUGUAGAUGAUGUUAUAGCAGUUACUAGACUCAUGGAUGAUGGUGUUCAAUAGGCGGUGGGGAUCUCAAAGAGAGACAGACCAUAUAAAAGGGGUGUCCAAACUAAAAUCCCAAAUCAUUUGCAGCCUGUUAUCAUUUUUAAAAGCUGGUUUGUUCCCAUUGAAUGAGAGCUACAACCUGGGUGAGAGCCACCUUAUUCUGUUUAUUAUGGCUUCAUUAUAGAUGAAAAUACUUCCAUAAAUUGAGGAGUUUUGGUUAAGCUAAAUAAAGAAGAAGACUUAAGAAUAAACUUCCUUUUGGAAAAGUAAAAACUACAAACGUAUAGUGUUAGAGAGAGAGGAAAGCCUCUCCUGAUUAGUAUUGACCAAUUAUACAGUUUUGGACCUCUAGCCACAGAGCUAAAGCACCAUUGGCAAUCACAUGUAUGACCUCCUCUCAGUAAGGUGAUCAUUUUACUAGGAAAUCAAUGAAUUUACAAGUGAAUUAAAUCUAGCCUACUAUUAAAUUCAUUUAAACAAUUGAUCUGUAAGUGCAUGUGAGCGAGUGUGUGAUACCUUGUGAUAGAUUGGCGCCCUAUCCAGGGUGUGUCUUGGUGGUACCAGACCCAUCAUGACCAGAAUGAAAGCAGUUACAUUGAAUCCACAGAUCCUCCAAAAGCCAUACACCAAACAUGUAGACUCUCAAUAAAGCAGGGUAAUAGUGACAAUCGGGCAGGUCUUUUGUAUUUUUAUUAUUAUUAUUUUAAUAUCACCACAAGCUUGUCUCCUGCAAAUUAUUAUGAGCUUAAGUUUGGACCCCCCUGCAUCAUAAGCACAGGUAUGAACUCUCAUGUGUUCCUCAGUCCAUCUUCUCUCUCUCUUCCACAUAUAUGUGAUUAAACUGAUUAUGCAACCUUGAAAAAAGUCCAGCAAUAUAAAAACCCAGCUCCUUCAACACUCCCUUCCACCUGCAGCCCCGCUAGGAUCGACGCUCCAUACUGUGAGGGGCAGACGAAUAAACGAAGUGUAGAGAGGGACGGGGUGAAUAAUAACUAACAAGAAAGGAAAUGAGAAGAUACCCAAGUAGCCAGACUGUGCAGUCUUCUGGGUUAUGAUCUGAACUUCCUGUCUUGAAUUUAAAGCCAUGCAAUGCAUAUAAUUUCUAUUCUUUUAUUAUGAUGAUAGAUUUAAAGUUAAUAUUGUUGUUAAUUUUCAUAAAACACUGAUUUGAUGCUUAUCGUUGUGAAGACUGUGGUGGGGAUAAUAUUUUUUUAUGUAAGCCUGUACAGGAGAGGAAAUUCAGGGGGGCGUGGCCUACUCUCUGUAGAUAAUAACUCACCUGGUGAAAUAUAUUAUUUGGACACGUUUCUCCACUGGUAACCAUCUUCAACCGACAAGCGAUGCGCUAAAAUGUCUUACUGUCUGGAUUUUGCAAUGCAAUAAGCAAUCGAACUGUGUUCUAGAUGAGCAUAAACCAAAUGUACAGGGUUCUGUGAAUGGAUGCCAUGCUCAUGGGUAUCUGGGAUCAUUCUCAGAGAUGCCGACCUUUCCCCGAGCACCAGGACGGGCUGGCAUGGACUCGUUUGCCCUUCACAUUAAAGGGCUUAUGAAUCUGCAGAAAAUCUGAGUGAAAAUAUUUAGUCAGCCAUACUAUUCAAACAUGUAGCCUAGUUUUAGUUUCAGGUUGUUUGUUUCAUAUAUGUGUGGACAGCAGGUUUAAUAGUGUGUCAUUAUCAUGAAAAUGCCAUUACGAAAUGCUAACACUUUAGCAUCCACCAUUGUGCUUUGAUUAAAGUGACCUCUAUUUCAAUUAUUUCAUUUUGUCAUUAGUAAGGCACUAGGGUGCUUAUAGGGUUCCAUGGGCACUAUCGGGUGCUAUAGUUCUAGUUGGUGUGUAUCCUUUAGUGUUAAGUGUGUAUAGACCAACAGCUGGAUGUAUAAAAUGAAAAGAAAAAAAAACACAUCUGGCCCCGGUGUGCUCAGUGAUGUACAGUUGAGGUCAAAAGUACACUCGUAAUGGACAUGUGUGUCAUAGCAGUCCUGGGAUUUCAGUGAUUUCUGCAACUCUUAUUUUGAGUGACUAAAUGGUUGGAAAUUGAUUUAGUCUAUAUGUGCUGACGCCAAUAUAAAUAUUAUAACUUAGUUGCUGAAUUCAGUAUAGAUUCAGUAUAUUUAUUAACCAUUAAACUCAAAAAGAAGAAUGUGUUCUAACAAUUCAGUCACACAAAAAAAAUUGUUGCAGAAUUCCAGUACAGAAGCCAUGACGUACAUGUCACCUGUGUGUAAACUUUAGACUUUAAUUGUAUGAUAAACUACCUGUAAUUCUGGAUCUGUGGCUGUAUUUUAGUACACCACUGUGGUGAUUACUGACACUGGAUACGUGUAUAAGGGGCGAUGUGAUGCCAUCAGGGGCAAAUCAAAUGAUCCACUUCCCAGCACACUAAUCAUAAUACAGGUCAUGAACUCUUUAAAGAAUCUGAUUUUCUCAUCUGUGGUCGUCAUCGUUUGCAUCGUCAAUGUACAUAAAUGUCUGAAAUUCCUUGGUAGAUUCAUCCACUGUUCAGGGCAGGUGUAAUGUUAGUGAUACAGUGUGUUUUAGCCGUAGCCUUACUCCACCCUAAGCCUCUCCAUGAGCAAAGAAAGGGAAAUACUGGUGAAAAAUACUGGUGAAACCUUGUCUCACCAAGGCUAUUUCUGAAUUUGUCCGAGGGGAAAAGAGUACGUCUGGUGAAUCGUAGCAAUAUUCAAUCCAUACUGGCUACUCUUGUUUAUUGCAAUAAGGAGGUCAACCAAUAAAUGCAUAGCCUAUGUGAGUAAAUAUUAUAGUGAUAAUUUAAAUGAAACACAGACGUUUAUGGAAAAUAUUAUUGGUAUCAAAAAAUAAAAAUAGUAAAAAAUGUCUAUAAGUCAAUAAAGAAUAUUAAACAUGGUA